AUGUCAUCGGUACGGAGCAGCUCUCUCUUUGCAACCUCUAUCCUCGUUCUUCUGAUCUCUAUCGUCGCGUUGUACUACCUGGAGUUGGGGCUGAACAUAGAUUUCCUGUUACAGAACAAAGGAGGCAUCACAGACUGGGUCAAGCCAGGCGACACGUCGGGCGAGUUCAAGAGACAGGUUUCAUCGUUUCGCAACUGGAUCUCGAGCGACCCAAAUGCAGAGUUUCCUGCGGAGAAAGGGAGAUACCAUCUAUAUGUCAGCUAUGCAUGUCCUUGGGCACACCGGACACUCAUCGUGAGGAAAUUGAAGGGAUUGGAAGAGAUCAUUCCCUUUACCAGCGUUCAUUGGCAUAUGGCCGAGAAAGGCUGGCGCUUCGCAACACCCGACGAACAACUCCCGGGAGAAAAUACUACACCAGACCCUCUACACCCUAACAACACUCACCUUCGUGACCUGUACUUUGCGGCGAAUCCCAACUACGAAGGUCGCUUCACGGUUCCCACACUCUGGGACAAAAAGAAACAGACCAUCGUGAACAACGAAUCCUCAGAGAUCAUUCGCAUGUUCUAUACCGCAUUCGACGACAUCCUCCCUGACGAGUACAAGAAUGUGGUGCUUUACCCGGACAAUCUCAAGGACAAGAUCGAGGAGGUUAACAAGUGGACGUACGACGACAUCAACAACGGCGUCUACAAGUCCGGGUUCGCAACCACCCAAGAAGCCUACGAACGCAACGUCCUCCAGCUCUUCAAAUCGCUCGACCGCACCGAGGCCAUCCUGGCCGAAUCCUCGUCCCAAGGACCGUUCUAUUUCGGCGCUCAACUCACCGAGGCCGAUGUCCGGCUGUAUACCACGAUCGCCCGCUUCGACCCGGUCUACGUGCAGCAUUUCAAAUGCAACAUCAAGGAUAUCCGAAGCGGUUACCCACACAUCCACCGGUGGCUGAGGCAUUUGUACUGGACCAUCCCGGCUUUUGGGGAGACGACGCAAUUCGAACACAUCAAGAAGCACUACACCAAGAGCCACAAGCAGAUCAAUCCGUUUGGCAUCACGCCCGUGGGGCCCGUGCCUGAUAUUUUGAAGGAAGAUGAAGAGGUUAGUGCGGUGGUGAAGAAGUAG